ACUUCUUUUCGGGAGAAAAUACCUGCAAUGAAAGAAACGAAAAUGUAAGGGCUGAGCUGCAGAAUAAAAAGGGGUGGAGCUCAAAGUUUUAUAUGGGUGGGGCUAGAUUAAAUUAAUUUUAACCCUUUAGUGUGGUAUCUAAGUUUUCAAACAACAAUGGCAAAUGCGGAAGAAUUGAAACUAGAGCUACUAGCAGAAGAGAAGUACCAUGAAGAGCGGAUAGGUCAUGUGGAGAGGAAUUUUGCUGCCAUCUCAGUUUCUAUGAGUGGAAUAGCCAGGAAAACAGCACUGAUGAGAGACAAAGGAGACAAACUAACACAAACACUGAAAACAAUGGCUGUUGGAGAGACAGGUCAAUUGAAGGCAUCACUUGAAAAUGUGUCAGAAUGUGUUGGUGCACUUGAGGACUACCGACAGACAGAACUCGACAGACUUGAAGCAAAAGUCGUAAAACCAUUUCUAGAGUAUGAUAAUGUAUGCAGGAAAGCAAAGGAAGAAUUGAAAGCUUGUAAUGCUGACAGAGAAAAGGUCAUUAAUCAACAACGUAUGCUGGACAGGACGAGAAUUAGAGAACCAACCAAUACAAGAAAACUUACUCAGUUGGAAACCAACCUACAAAAGGCCAAAUUCAAGCGGAACCAGUCAACAAAAACAUUGGAGGAGCACAUGAGCGGGUUUGAAAAGAGAAGAGUCAGAGACUUGAAGGAUAUCCUACAAGAAUACAUACAUACUGAAAUGUUGUUCCAUGCUAAAGCUCUUGAGCUCUUAACUCUUUCCUAUCAACAUAUUGAUCACAUCAAUGAGGAUGAAGCACUAGAGGCAUAUUUGAAUAACCUCCAGGUUCGCAGAAGAAGAGGUUUAUUGGAAGAACCUUAUCCAACGUCUGAGACUCCAACUCAUGGAACACCUCCUUUACAUCGCCAUACUCCCCCUCACCAUCAACGCACCACCUCAGAACCCUCUCUCAGUACAAAAUCUUAAGAACUAUCUACACUCGAACUAAUAAUAAAUACAUGCACACAUUAGUAUUACUAAAUUUACUAUUAAUAGUAAACUACAAUUCACAACCUGUUUUACAACUUUGCUUGGCAUGCAACUGAGCCACAAUAUC